CCUUCCUUUCAUUCUUGUAAUCCGUCUGCGUAGGGUGUGCUCCGGAGCUAGCCUCGGCACACAUUUUAUUAUUAUGAAACAAACCAAAAGCUAGUGAGCACCCGCAGACAUAUUUUUAUAAGAAAACCUAAUAUCGGUGAAGCAGGAUUUGAUUUGCUAACCAAGCAACGCGAAGAAGACGCUGCCUUCGGAAAAGAACGAAAGACUGAACGACGAAAACGCUGUUAGCAAGCUACGUUACUAGCGUCAUUGUUGAGAGCGCGGCUAAUUAACGAUAGCCUGUUAGUCCCCCCUCUCACAUUUAAAGAAGUCUUACUAAUAGUAAGUUAAUUGUCGCUGUUUGUGUCUUGUUGUAUCGAUAGUUUAGCACUCUUUGUGAUUUUGAAGGCGCUAAAAUUCUCAAAUUGUUACAUUUAAGCCAUAUCAGAACAGAGUGAAGAAAACGUAUUUAGCUGUCCUGACAGCCACCAUUGCGCGUCGAACUCAAACAGCUAUCUGAUUGAAAACAAACGUCGCCCGACAUGAAUCCCAGCGCGCCUAGCUACCCCAUGGCCUCGCUCUACGUAGGAGACCUGCACCCAGAUGUUACCGAGGCCAUGCUCUACGAGAAAUUCAGCCCGGCCGGACCCAUCCUGUCGAUCAGAGUGUGCAGAGACAUGAUCACCCGCCGUUCGCUGGGAUAUGCGUAUGUUAACUUCCAACAACCAGCUGAUGCUGAAAGGGCUUUGGACACGAUGAACUUCGAUGUGAUUAAGGGCAGGCCUCUCCGCAUCAUGUGGUCCCAGCGUGACCCCUCCUUGAGGAAGAGCGGGGUGGGAAACAUCUUCAUCAAAAACCUAGACAAGUCCAUUGACAACAAGGCCCUUUAUGACACCUUCUCUGCGUUUGGAAACAUCCUCUCUUGCAAGGUGGUUUGUGAUGAAAAUGGCUCAAAAGGUUACGGUUUUGUGCACUUUGAGACCCACGAAGCAGCUGAGCGUGCCAUUGAGAAAAUGAACGGCAUGUUGCUCAAUGACAGAAAAGUAUUUGUCGGCCGCUUCAAGUCGCGCAAAGAGAGGGAGGCUGAGCUGGGGGCACGUGCCAGAGAGUUUACCAACGUUUACAUCAAAAACUUCGGGGAGGACAUGGAUGACGAGAAGCUGAAGGAGUUAUUUAGUAAAUAUGGUCCUGCGCUCAGCAUCCGGGUUAUGACAGACGAUGGCGGCAAGUCCAAGGGAUUCGGCUUUGUCAGCUUUGAGAGACACGAAGACGCUCAGAAGGCCGUGGACGACAUGAACGGCAAAGAACUGAAUGGCCGACAGGUGUAUGUGGGCCGCGCGCAGAAGAAGGGCGAGCGCCAGAAUGAACUUAAACGCAAAUUUGAACAGAUGAAGCAAGAUCGCAUGACCAGAUACCAGGGUGUCAACCUGUAUGUUAAAAACCUCGACGACGGCCUAGAUGACGAGCGUCUGCGCAAGGAGUUCUCCCCGUUCGGGACCAUCACCAGUGCGAAGGUGAUGAUGGAGGGCGGCCGCAGCAAAGGUUUCGGCUUUGUGUGCUUCUCGUCACCAGAAGAGGCCACUAAAGCCGUAACGGAGAUGAAUGGGCGCAUCGUGGCCACGAAGCCUCUGUAUGUGGCACUGGCUCAGCGGAAGGAAGAGCGCCAAGCCCACUUGACCAACCAGUACAUGCAGAGGAUGGCCACGGUCCGGGCCGUGCCCAACCCUGUCCUCAACCCCUACCAGCCCGCUCCACCCUCAGGCUACUUCAUGGCAGCUAUUCCACAGGCUCAGAACCGCGCUGCAUAUUACUCCGCCAACCAGUUGGCCCAGCUCCGCCCCGGUCCUCGCUGGGCCGCUCAGGGAGUGCGACCUCAGCAUUUCCAAAACAUGCCCAACGCCAUGCGUCCGUCAGCACCAAGGCCCCAGACCUUCAACACCAUUCGUCCUACCACUACCACCAACACCCAGGUCCCGCGCAUGAUGGCCUCCCAGCGCAUGCCCACCCAGGCCCUCGGCCAGCGCCCUGCCAGCGCUUCAGCCACUGCAGCCCCAGUCCGUGCCAUGCCUGGGUACAAAUAUGCUGCUGGUGUGCGCAACCCACAGCAACACAUGGCGUCCCAGCCACAAGUUGCCAUGCAGCAACCUGCUGUCCAUGUCCAAGGACAGGAGCCCCUGACUGCUUCCAUGCUGGCUGCUGCUCCUCCUCAGGAGCAGAAGCAGAUGCUGGGUGAGCGUCUGUUCCCCCUGAUCCAGAAUAUGCAUCCCAGCCUGGCUGGCAAGAUCACCGGUAUGCUUCUGGAGAUAGACAACUCUGAGCUGCUUCACAUGCUUGAGUCACCUGAAUCUCUGCGCUCCAAGGUGGAUGAGGCUGUUGCUGUGCUCCAGGCCCACCAGGCCAAAGAGGCUGCGCAGAAGUCCACCACACCUGCCGGUGUUCCUAGCGUCUAAGCUUGAGCAUUUUGAAACCUGCUUCACCGAUGGAAAAAGAGAAAAAAAACUUAAACAUUGAAAAACCUAAAACUCAGAAAACAUCGCAAAACGAUAAAUUAUUUCUUAAAAAAAAAAAAAGAAGAAAUUGAAUCUGCCAGGUCUAGAGAUGGUUUGACUAGACCUUGAUCAUAAACAAAAAUUAGUUAAAAAAAAUAGCAAAAUAGAUAAAAUUGAAAAUUGUAAUAAAUUUGAAUGCAUUCCUCUGUUUUAUGUCAUUUUACUGUGUCAGUGCUCAAACUGUCGGCAAUGUCAGGGAAAUGGUUGCUGAGCAGUUUGAGGUGAUUUGUAUCGUAAACUACUGGCUGUAAUAAAACGUCAUUCGAAAUUA